UAGAUUUCACAGUUAAAUAAAUAUUUAUUUUGUGCGAAACUGAGAUUAAAAAUACACACAUAGUGAAGGUUUGAUUACAAUAUGGCGGCUUGUUGACAAUAUUUUGAAGCGACAAACGUUAAUUAUCAUUAACAAUGGCAGAAGUACAUGUUAUUGGUCAAAUUAUUGGUGCUUCUGGAUUUCCUGAUCACAGUUUGUUUUGUAAAUGGGGAAUUCAUUUAGGUGGGGGCUGGAAAAUCCUCAGUGGUCUAAGAGAAGGUCAAACACAAGUGGACAUUCCACAGAGUCAUGAAGCUGCAUACUUUGCUCAUCCAAUAGAUCUUCAUUUGGCUACCAAGGGCAUUCAAGGUUGGCCUAGGAUGCAUUUUCAAGUCUGGCACCAAGAUGCCUUUGGGAGAAAUGAGCUGUAUGGCUAUGGGUUUGUGCACCUUCCCACAUCACCAGGAACACAUGAAAUUGACUGUCCGACUUGGAGGCCAGUUGGCACUUUUAUGGAAAGUGUCACACAAUUUUUUUUAGGCGGAGGACCUCACCUUAAAAACCCAGACCUAAUUUAUAGUGGUGCUGACCGAUACAGGCUUCAGACAAUAGCCAUGGGGAAAGUUCAUUUACGAAUAGGGAUAAUUCUGAGAAAUUUUGAUAAAUUUGGUAUUGAAUGUUAAUUGUAUAUUUAAAAUGUUACUGUAAUAUGUGAUGAAUUUCAAAAUUAUACAAAGUAAUAUAUGGUCAAUUUCUAUGUCUAUAAUUUAUAACAUGUCAAGUUCAUUAACUGUAACCUAUCUCCUCAAAUGUACAUAUUUCAUAGUUUCAUCAUUUUUUUAUUAAAAAAAAAACAACUUUAUUUUUUAAGUAACAAUCAAAAGUCUUCUCCAAAAUAUUAUGAUCAUGAACACAUUUUUAACAUUUAUUUUUAUAAUUCAUCCGUCACUUCAGUCAAUGAAGGUCAUCAUCAUCAAACUCCAUUUGAGUGAGGGCUUGAGAGGCUCAAAUCCUCUCUUACAAAAGCCCUGGACAGAAACCCUGCUGUCUUGCGUAGUGCGUAUAUGUCACCAUACAGGUCGAGAAUUUUAGGUUUCCCAGACUGUCAAUGAAGGUGUAUACUUCACCAAUGCCGUCCACACAAACAGAAUGUAGUUCGUAUCUUAUUGAAAUUCCUCCUGGCUAUUCUCUACACGUUUGAAGUUCGUAACUUGCCAUUACUCAUUUAAAGAUUAUACACCAAAAGUUUUAGUUUAUUUUUAGCAAUAUAAUUCUAAGUUCCCAUUGUGCUGAACCCUAAUUUAUAAAUCGUGUUAAAUUUGUUUUUUGUAUCACCAAAUUUCUUUGAAAUAGGUGAUUUGCUUAACAUGUCAUUGUUAUUCUAUCAUUUUUAGGGUCUAGUAAGGCCAAUGCAGAAAAUUUACUAAUUUAGGCUAAGUAUUUAUUGUUGGUACACUCAUUAUAUAUCCCAGGAUUCAAUAGGUUUAAUUACAAGUAAAAUAAUCAAUUGUUUCAGCUAGACGUUAUUAUGGUUUUUUUUUGUAUCUUUCCAUCAAGUUCCAUAGCAUGUUCAGACGUUCUGUGCAUUUUAACAUGUAUGGCUAGGAGUUGUGAAAAAAGGUUUCUAUACGCUUUUAUGCUCUUAACAUAAACAUAUCAAGAUAGGAAGGAGGGGAAAAGCUCCUCCCCUCUCCUUAUGUAUAUACACACACACACACACAUGUAUAUAUCUUAAAGCACUUCCGACUUGAAAAGAAUAAAUUUCAAAAGCUCUGCUUUUUGUGUUUCUGUUUUUUUUUAGCUUCAAUGACAAUUAGAAGAGACAAAAUUUGCAGGUUGCAACAGGGCUUGCACAGGCAUGGGAAAUACUGCACUCAUCCUUUAUUCAGAAUUGAAGAUGUUGCCAUUAUUAUUAUUUGUCUAAAUGAUGUAAUAAAAUAAUAUCAAUUGGUGUGCAUCAACUACAGUUUACAAAAACUGCAUUACAAAUGUAUGCACAUAUUUAUAGGAGUUAUUUAAAGCAAGAUUUAAUAAGUAUUUAAGCAAUUGAAUGAAUAUGAAUGUACUACCGUUACCAAUAUACUGGUUGUCCAUUUAUCUGCCUACUUGUAAAAAAUCCUUAAGUUCAAGCUAGCACUAUAUUAUGAUAGGCCUUGAUCUUGUAGUCAUUGAUGGAUGCCUGACUUCAACAGAUUACUCUGGAGGUGUCUUGGUUUCUUGUACGGGUGUAUUAGAUGCGUUUAAACUACUACAGAACAACGCCUACACGUGUAACAAGGUUUGAGAAUUAAGUCCAGACCUUUACAUACUUGAAUGAAGUUUAAUACUGAAAAAGGGCAACCAUAGAAUCUCUAUCCUUAAUAUGAAGUGAAGUCCUAACAGCAACUGACAAAUAAUAACAUUAAUAGACAAUAACCCAUUAAACUGUGCCGUCAUUAGUUCAUUGUUCCUAAUAUUGGCAUGUAAUGGUUUCCUAGAGUUUUGUUAAUCCAAAUGUACAUUUAGUUCUUUAUAUUAACAAUUGCUUCUUGUAUUCCUCUCAAAGUUACACUUAGUUCUUUAUAUUAACAAUUACUACUAAUGAAAAGCAUUUGUCAUAAUCCUCAAGCUAAAAAUAUCAAAACCUGCCUUCGACUUACAAUGCCAAUCAGUUUUUGUGAAAACAAACUCCCUUAUUUAUUUUUUUUUAACAAUCUAUUGUUUUAAACAUUUAAACAUAAUUAUUAAAAAUGUCAAAAUAUUUUGUUUCUCCUUGAGACUUAUUAUUAGAUCCUUUAGAGUUUUGAUAGAGAUUGCUCUUUGAUAAUGUUACAGCCUUUGCCAACAACUGUCCACUGCAUGUAGUCUUCCAAGAAGGUAUAGUUUUCUUCAUUUUUUGCCUCCAUGUUAUUGCUAAUGUAUAGGAAUCAAAACACCAAGUGUAGAUAGCACAUAAACAACAAUUACAAUGAAAUAACGCAUGUGUUUUUAAAAAAUAAACUUAAGAUUUUAUUAUCA